AUUCACGCGCAGUGGUUCAUCAGUGGGUGGGUGCCGCUGCACGCUGUGGCUUUUUCACAUUCUUACGCUCUGUUUAUUCCUCAGAAGAAAGCAGCGCGAGCGGAGCGCCACGCCGAACGCUGCAACGUUCUGAUUUCGAAUUUUUAAAUAUUUUGAAUCGCCCUGAGCCAGGAUAGAUAUGCAGAACGCUUGAAUUUGAAAUAAAACACCAGAGCUGUUUGGCGGCAGAAUUGCUCACCAGUUGGAUACAAUUUCGCGUGCAAAAACUGACAUCUUAUUGAGUGCAAGCAAAUGAUUUUGAUUUCAGGAACUGUGAACGGUAGAUGAAAGCGCCGACGUCGCGGCUGCUCUUUGAUCUGAAAGGAGGCGCUAAAAGAAGGAAGGAAGGAAGAAAGAAAGAUUGAUUGAUUGAUUGAUUGAUUUGGUGGGAAACUAAGCAACUUUUUAAUCGCGUCUACACAUAUUCGAACCCUCCUGAUUGAUGGAGAAUCACAAGCCAGGGAUUUACGGAAUCAGAGCUUUCAAAUUGUGACGCUUCGCGCUUUUAUAGCACAUCUGUCAAUCCACGCGGCAUCUUUUUAGUUUACAGUUCUUGCGCGGAACGGGCCGAGCCGAGCCGAUUUGACUUAUUCUUUGAAGUUUGACGCGCGCACGGUUCGAUCAUGGGCUGCACGGUGAGCGCAGAAGACAAGGCGGCCGCCGAAAGAUCAAAGAUGAUCGACAAAAACCUCCGGGAGGAUGGAGAGAAGGCUGCGAGGGAGGUGAAACUGCUCCUGCUCGGUGCGGGUGAAUCAGGGAAGAGCACCAUUGUGAAACAGAUGAAAAUCAUCCAUGAAGACGGCUACUCAGAAGACGAGUGCAAGCAGUACAGAGCCGUGGUCUACAGCAACACCAUCCAGUCAAUAAUGGCCAUUAUUAAAGCCAUGAGCAACCUUAAGAUCGACUACGGAGAGACCGCCCGAGUGGACGAUGCACGGCAGCUGUUUGCUCUGUCUGCAGCAGCGGAGGAGCAGGGCAUCUUAACUGAUGAUCUGGCCAAUGUGAUCCGCAGACUGUGGGCCGACAGCGGGGUUCAGGGAUGUUUCACCCGAUCCAGAGAAUAUCAGCUCAACGACUCUGCUGCCUAUUAUCUGAAUGAUCUGGACAGGAUAGGACGGGCAGACUACAUCCCCACCCAGCAGGACGUCCUGAGGACCCGAGUGAAGACCACUGGAAUCGUGGAGACUCAUUUCACUUUUAAAGAUCUGCACUUCAAGAUGUUUGAUGUGGGAGGUCAGAGGUCAGAGAGGAAGAAAUGGAUCCAUUGCUUUGAGGGAGUAACAGCCAUCAUCUUCUGUGUGGCUCUGAGCGCUUAUGACCUGGUGCUGGCAGAAGAUGAGGAGAUGAACCGCAUGCAUGAAAGCAUGAAGCUGUUCGACUCCAUCUGUAACAACAAGUGGUUCACCGAGACCUCCAUCAUCCUCUUCCUCAACAAGAAGGAUCUGUUUGAGGAGAAGAUCACACGCAGCCCUCUCACCAUCUGCUUCCCGGAGUACUCAGGAGCCAAUAAAUAUGACGAGGCUGCUAGUUACAUCCAGACCAAGUUUGAGGACCUUAACAAGAAAAAAGACACAAAGGAAAUUUACACCCACUUUACCUGUGCGACUGACACUAAGAACGUGCAGUUUGUGUUCGACGCCGUCACUGACGUCAUCAUCAAAAACAACCUGAAGGACUGCGGCCUUUUUUAAUGAAGGUGGCCAAGAGAAUGAAGAGGAAGGUGUAAACUGUUUGAUGGAGCUGGUUCUACACGACAUGCUAGACUGCCUUCAACUACCUAUAAGAAUCGUAAUGUUUUUUUUAUGUGACAACCAGAAAAAGACUUGUGAACAAGGAAAAGAGAAACUUCACUGAAUUCCAAUAAUCACUGAAUUCCAGCACACCAUCCUUCUUUCCUGAACCUGAUUUUAAAUUGGUUCUCAAUGUGUAAAUAUUUAAUUUUGCAGUUAUUUUCUGCUAGAAAACAGGUGGAGAGUCAGGAUUAUAUUCUGAUAUUUGUUUCUAUUGAGCUUUGGUUUUGUUUCUGACAGGAUACCAAUGGGGUGGGUGAGGACUUCUUUUAUGGAUGUGCUAAUUUUGUUAAACUCGAUAGCAAAAUGCUUCUUUUGUAAAGUUAACGUGAGCACAGAAAGAAAACGAGACAUCUCUUUUGCAACACCACGCUGCAUCCCAGGCUCCAACUGUAUAUUGUUGCAUGACGGAUAACAUGAAAUUGCUCGCUCGCUCCAAUCCACGGCGUGACAUUCCCUCACGUGUGUCUCUCUCUCUCUCUCUCUCUCUCUCUCUACUAGCUUGACUUUGACACCGUCCAGAAUUAACUCACGUGUAAAAUAUUUAUAUCCGCCCUCACAUUUCUCCUUCCUGUUGCUGUACCAUCCCUUCUUUUGCGCGAUGUCUGUGCCUUGUUUUCACUGUCUGUAGAUCAUAGGGCUGUUUUUAUUCACGCUAUUAAAUGAGAAGUGUAAAGUGUUGAGCACAUUUAAAGAGCUAAAUAAAACUUAGACCACAGUCUUUGGGUUAAUAUCUAAGUACCAUAAAAGAUUUCAUUGGAAAUAAAAGUUGAUAUGUAAGAUAGA